AGCCCACGAACACCCACCGCACUCUCUCUCUGUCUCUCUUUCUGAGGUUUGAAGUUAAGGAAUUUAUGUUUUGUUUGAUUCCUUGUACUGAAGUUUAGAAUCAACCUCGGAAACAUACACAGGAUGAGUUCAAUCCAACAAGACUGGCCUGAACCGAUAGUCCGCGUCCAAUCGCUCUCGGACAGCGGCCUAGGCGCGAUCCCGGAACGUUAUGUGAAGCCCCCGGGUGACAGGCCGUCCCCCGUCUCCCCUGCAGCCGACGUCGACAUUCCGAUCAUCGACCUCGGUGGGCUGUACAGCGACAUCGACGGCGUUUGCGCCGAUACCGGACGCCAAAUCAGCGAGGCCUGCAGAGAUUGGGGAUUCUUCCAAGUCGUGAACCACGGGGUGAGCCCCGAGCUCAUGGACCGGGCGCGAGAGGCGUGGCGCGAGUUCUUCCACCUGCCAAUGGAUGUCAAGCAAAAGCACGCCAACUCGCCGAAGACCUACGAAGGAUAUGGAAGCAGAUUGGGCGUCGAGAAAGGCGCCAUUCUUGACUGGAGCGACUACUAUUUCCUCCAUUACCUUCCCUGCUCAUUGAAGGACUGUAACAAGUGGCCACUUCUUCCAUCUGAUUGCAGGGAAGUGAUCGACGAGUACGGGAAGCAGCUGGUGAUACUGGGGGGGAAGCUGAUGAAAGUGCUAUCCGUGAACCUCGGACUGAGCGAAGAGUAUCUUCAGAAUGCGUUUGGCGGCGACGACGUUGGGGCUUGCCUGAGAGUGAACUUCUACCCGAAAUGCCCCCAACCGGACUUGACUCUCGGCCUCUCCUCGCACUCCGACCCAGGAGGCAUGACUUUACUGCUGCCGGAUAACCAUGUUCCGGGCCUCCAAGUCCGCAAGGACGGGAACUGGAUCACCGUGAAGCCCGCCCGCCACGCUUUCAUAGUCAACAUCGGAGAUCAAAUUCAGGUACUGAGCAAUGCGAUCUACAAGAGCGUGGAGCACCGGGUCAUUGUCAAUCCCUCGGAUGAGCGCGUCUCUCUGGCCUUCUUCUACAACCCGAAAAGCGACAUCCCGAUCGAGCCGGCAAAGGACCUCGUGACCCCAGAAAGCCCCGCGCUGUACCAACCCAUGACGUUCGACGAAUACAGACUCUUCAUAAGAUUGAGGGGUCCGCGUGGAAAAUCCCAAGUCGAAUCUUUAAGGUCUCCGAGAUAAUGGUGCCCGAAGAGCGGGCAGGCGAGCGAGCGAGAGCAACCAUUGAUUUCGUCGCUAAUUGAAAUCACAUAUAAAACAAUCACCUUUGUUGGCUAGUAGAGCUCAAACUGUACAGUUUGCUCUAUUCAUGAGGAGACUGAACAAAAAUGCAAAGCAAAACCAAGUUGUGGACUCAUGUCAAAUUCAUCUGAUUGGUUUUCUCUGGAAUGCUUGAAGGGCUUACAGUUAUAAUGAACCGCGUCUUGCUGUUAGAAUAU